GGCCGCCGCCAUCUCCGGGUACCGCCGCCCCGAGCGCGGCCGGGCCGGGCAGCCGGGCCCGCCGUGGGGCCAUGAGGAGCCGCAGCAACUCGGGGGUGCGCCUGGACGGCUACGCCCGCCUGGUCCAGCGGACCAUCCUCUGCCACCAGAACCCAGUGACGGGGCUGCUCUCAGCCGGGGCCGACCAUAAGGAUGCCUGGGUACGGGACAACAUCUACAGCAUCCUGGCCGUGUGGGGGCUGGGGAUGGCGUAUCGGAAGAACGCCGACCGCGAUGAGGACAAAGCCAAAGCCUACGAGCUCGAGCAGAAUGUUGUGAAGCUGAUGCGGGGACUCUUGCAGUGCAUGAUGAGACAGGUAGAUAAAGUAGAGAAGUUCAAACGCACUCAGAGUACCAAGGACUGCCUCCAUGCCAAGUAUAACUCUGCAACUUGUGCCACGGUGGUUGGGGACGACCAGUGGGGGCACCUACAAGUGGAUGCAACUUCCCUCUACCUGCUCUUCUUGGCACAGAUGACUGCAUCAGGGCUACGUAUUAUCUUCACCCUUGAUGAAGUUACCUUUAUCCAGAAUCUUGUUUUUUACAUAGAAGCUGCCUACAAAGUUGCUGAUUAUGGGAUUUGGGAACGUGGUGAUAAGACAAACCAAGGAAUCCCUGAACUGAACGCGAGCUCCGUAGGGAUGGCCAAAGCCGCUUUGGAAGCAAUUGAUGAACUAGAUCUUUUUGGAGCUCAUGGAGGACACAAAUCAGUGAUUCAUGUUCUUCCUGAUGAAGUAGAACACUGUCAGUCUAUUCUGUACUCCAUGUUGCCAAGGGCAUCCACGUCAAAGGAGAUAGAUGCUGGCCUUCUGUCUAUUAUUUCUUACCCAGCUUUUGCAGUGGAGGAUGUAAACCUUGUUAAUGUAACCAAGAGUGAAAUAAUAUCCAAAUUGCAGGGCCGCUACGGCUGCUGUCGCUUUCUCCGAGAUGGUUACAAGACACCCAGAGAGGAUCCAAGCAGGCUGCACUAUGAUCCUGCUGAGCUCAAGCUCUUCGAGAAUAUUGAAUGUGAGUGGCCAGUAUUCUGGACAUACUUCCUAAUUGAUGGAAUAUUUAAUGAGGACAAAAUCCAGGUACAAGAGUACAGAGAGGCUCUGGAAGGAAUACUUAUUCGAGAGAAGAAUGGAUUAGUGCUAAUGCCUGAACUUUAUGCAGUCCCUCCAGAAAAGGUGGAUGAGGAGUAUGAAAAUCCUCACUCGGUGGAUCGUGUCCCAGUGGGAAAGUUGCCCCAUCUUUGGGGCCAAUCAUUGUAUGUCCUGAGCUGCCUGUUAGCAGAGGGAUUUCUUGCUGCGGGUGAAAUUGAUCCCUUAAACAGGAGAUUUUCCACGGGAUUUAAACCUGAUGUUGUGGUACAAGUAACUGUUUUGGCAGAAUCUAAUCAAAUUAAGAAUCUGUUGCAAGACCGUGGAAUCAACGUUCAGAGCAUUGCUGAUAUCCAUCCACUCAGGGUGCAGCCAGCUCGCAUCCUCAGCAACCUCUACACCAUGCUGGGCCGGAACAAGAACAUGAAAUUAAGUGGCCGACCACACCGACACAUAGGAGUGUUGGGCACCUCCAAGCUCUACGUGAUAAGAAAUCAAAUAUUUGCUUUUACCCCUCAGUUCACUGACCAGCAUCACUUCUAUCUGGCUCUAGACAAUCAGAUGAUUGUGGAGAUGCUUAAGACAGAGCUGGCUUACCUCACUUCUUGUUGGAGGAUGACAGGGAGACCAACCUUGACGUUUCCCAUCACCCACACAAUGCUUGUUGAUGAUGGUACUGACAUUCAUCCAGCAGUUCUUGCCACAAUAAGAAAAUUAGAAGAUGGUUAUUUUGGAGGUGCAAGGGUGAAGAUAGGCAAGCUAUCAGAAUUUCUUACCACCUCUUUUCAUACAUAUCUGAGCUUUCUGGAUCCAGAUUGUGACCUAAAACUGUUUGAUGACCAUAAUGACAACUGUAACAGUCCUGACAGUGAAUAUGGAGACUACCCAGCAGAUUUCUGUGAGAAAGAUAGCCAGGAUGAGCUGGAUCAGUAUAUAAAUGAUGUCCUGCAGAGCACAGCCCUAAAGUCAUAUCUGCCUCCAACUUCAAAGACAACGAGUGAACCACCUGUGUUCAGUGCAAACCAUUCCACAGAAGAGAUACUGUCAAUAAUGGCCAAGACAAAGGGCUUGGAAGUUCCAGCUGUGUCUAUGUCUCUUCCCACUAAAGUUCUGAACACACACCGAAAGUCUCUGAAUCUUGUUGAUAAUCCUCAUUUCUUUGGGACAAAGGACCAUGAAAAUGUUUCGCACUUACCUAAAGAUGCUCAUGGUGAUUUGGAUUGCAGGAAGCUUGUUAAUCAGCUGAAGGAAUGUCCAACACUCCAUGAUCAAGCAGAUAUCUUGUAUAUCUUGCAUAUCCUCAAAGGUGCUGACUGGGACACAGAGCUGGAUGGACAGUAUGGUGUCACUGUUCACUGCCUCCUCAACGAGCUCUACAGAAAGGCAGGCCUCAAUCAGGAGUGGGGCUUAAUCCGUUACAUUUCUGGCAUACUCAAAAAGAGAGUUGAAGUCCUGGCUGAGGCAUGCACAGACCUUCUGUCACACCACAAGCAACUUACAGUGGGCCUGCCACCAGAACCCCGUGAGAAAAUCAUUACCACCCCACUGCCACCCGAGGAGCUCACAGAUCUCAUUUACGAAGCCAGUGGCCAAGACAUCAGUAUUGCAGUCCUGACACAGGAGAUAAUCAUGUACUUGGCGAUGUAUGUCCGCUCACAGCCCAGUCUUUUUGUGGAGAUGCUCCGGCUCCGCAUCGGUCUGAUAAUCCAGGUGAUGGCCACUGAGCUGGCACGAAGUCUGAAAUGCUCAGGUGAAGAAGCUUCAGAGAGCUUGAUGAAUCUAAGCCCCUUUGAUAUGAAAAGUCUUCUACAUCAUAUUCUCAGUGGGAAAGAGUUUGGAGUGGAAAGAAGCUUGCGACCUGUGGAUUCUUCUUCAUCCAGCCCUGCAAUUUCUAUUCAUGAGAUGGGGCAUUCUGGAGCAACCAAAACAGAAAGAAGUGGUAUUACUAAAUUGAAGAGUGAGAUGAAGCAGUUCUUUCAUGAGGGGCACUCCAUGUCCAGCAGCAUGUUUGCUUCCACGAGGAGCAGUACUCCAUCCUCUCCCACCAGUGCUUCUCCCACUGGCUCCAGCGGAGACAUGAGCUGGGGUGACAGAAAAGGGCAGUGGCUGCGCAGGAGGAGGCUGGAUGGUGCUAUUAACAGAGUUCCUGUUGGCUUUUAUGAGAAAGUGUGGAAAAUCCUGCAGAAGUGCCAUGGUCUGUCCAUUGAUGGGUAUGUCCUUCCUUCUUCAACCACCAGAGAGAUGACCCCGUGCGAAAUCAAGUUUGCAGUGCACGUGGAGUCGGUGCUGAACCACGUCCCCCAGCCCGAGUACAGGCAGCUCCUGGUGGAAGCUAUUCUUGUCCUGACGUUCCUCUCGGACAUCGAGGUGAACAGCAUCGGGGGCAUCAUCCACGUGGACAGAAUCGUGCACAUGGCCAAUGACCUGUUUCUGCAGGAGCUGAAAUCAUUUGGAGCUACUGGUAGUAUCUUGGAGAAAGACACAGCCACAGGAAUUUGCCACUUUUUUUAUGACAGUGCUCCCAGCGGAGCCUAUGGCACCAUGACUUACCUAACAAAAGCCAUAAUUAUUUAUUUACAUGAUUUCCUGCCCAGCACAGGCUGUGCAAUGCAGUAAGUGAUGCCUCACAUGGGAGGAAAGGCUCAGAGGCUCUUCCUCCCCAGUUCCCUGUCACAAACCCCUUGGCUGCUGUCUGUGUGUGUGCCAUGCACUCACUCAGCAUUUGGCACUGCUGGGGAUGCUCUGUGCACACCUACUGCUGGGCACAGGGAGCUGGAAUUUGGCCUGGUUUUAGGAGAGAGUGUGAGAAAUAACAAAUAAUGAGGCUUAUUCUGCCCAAAGUGCAUAAAUGUAAUUCGUAUUAAAUUAGCAAGAAUUAUACAGUUCUGCCAAGAGGAAAACAGAUUACUCUGUGGAGAUCAAAAGGCAUAAUAAAACAAGGGAGCUGCAUCUCAGGCAUAGAGUCUCACAAAUAAGGGAAGUGAUGGAAUUCAUUAAUUUUUCUCCAGCUGUGUGUAAAUGUACAUUGUUGUGAAUCACUAAUGCACAGUGUGAAACAUCCAGGGAAAUGUAAAUUAGUGGAGUAAGAAUAACUUGAAAUAACGUGGUGAUAUUUCUAAUACACUUUUAUCCUGAUUCUCUUCUCAUUUGCACCUAGUCAGUGCAGGGCUAAUGCCAGUAGGGACAAACAUCCUACAAUAUCCACUAAUUUGGGAGGAUAGCCUCUGUCAGGAAGCUGCAUCUGUCUUUAAUCUGAAUAGCUCCCUUCCCUGCAUCCCCAGGACUUUGGAGGCAAAAUCUCAAGACUCCAGCUUCUCCAGUGUGACAGACAGUUUUAUGCCUGUAAUCCUUUCCUCUGAAUGGAGGAAGAUAAACCUCAUCCACUUGGGCACCCUUUCCAAGUCUCCUGAUCAUUUCCCUUGCAAACAGCCUCAGAGUUAAGAAUGGCAUAAUUGUGGCUUUUCCACUGUAGCAUGAGUUUAUGGAAGGCUUUGAUGUUUUUUUUUUCCUUUUCUUUUUAUUUCCUUUGCCAUUUUUUCUUCUUUUUAGUUUGAGGUCACACUGGUCUCAUGUAAUUAGGGGUUGGGCUGCCUGGAAGUCUCUCUGCAGACAGUUCCCAGGUUAAUGCUGGCAGUUGGAAGCUCUGAGGAGCUGCAGGGAGUAGGUGCAUCUGCAUGGAAAUUCCUCCAUGGCCAUUUAAACUGAAAACAGUUUGGUAGCCUCUGGAGAGGGAAACCCUGCCUUACCCCAGGCACUGGCUGUGGUUUUCCUUGUGCCUGUGCUGCUGGCUUUGCCACCAGCCACAUGUCAGCAUCUGGCUAACAGCUUAGGAAAGUGGCAGUAGCUGCAGCAUCCCAUGGCCACAGACAGGCUCCCUCAGUAGCACUGCUGCCAUGUGAGCAGAAAGGAUCAGAGCAAUUCUGUCUUGCCAGGUAGAAGUGAAAAGAGCAGACAGGCAUGUAAAAAUAAGAACUUUCUGAGCUAUAUAAGCCUGACAGCCUGCCUGCUGUCCCUCUGCACAGUCACUGCUGCUGUAGCAGUAUCUGGGAACUGGAUCAAGAGAGUGUAGGUGCAGGAGGCCUUAGUGUGAGGUGAUUUAAUGUUUUUUCAGAGACCAGAGGAGUUUAGUAGUCCAAGGACCAGGAGCCCUGUGUUAACCACCAUGGGAACCAUGGGCCUGUGCAGGGGCCAGUAUAAAGUGACAGUUCAGGUACAAUUAGCACUUGGGUGUGGAAGUUAUUUUAUUGGCGUGGUGCCUGUUUUGUAAGGGUUUGCCUUUGUUAUUAUUUGGUGUGGGUUUUUUAACUUUUCAUAUGUAUUGUGAGAGCUCAUUGGCUUGUUUCCCAGUAAAAGGAAGUAAAAUCCUUUGUCUAGUUUAAGCAGAUGUGACAGUGCAGAGUAUAAGCACAACAAGAGCAAGGUGAUAGUUUUUUUUCUACCUGGUAUCAUACAAAAAGUAGUAGCAGUUAUUUUUGCUUUUCUUCUUAUCCUAGGUUGAGAGAGAUGCAAAAUUAAUUUUUACUUAGACUUCUAAUUUUAUUUUUUUUUAAUCUACUGUGUGACUUUCUUGUUUUCAGAAACAAGAAGGCUGAUGUUGGUUUUCCAUGCAGCUGCUCUGAAGACUAAAGCAAUGAAAUGUAUGGGCUAACAUGCCUGGACACCCCUUAACACUUCCUUGUUUUUAAAUGGGAGUGUCAUUGGUGUCUUUACUGUCAAAUUCACAGUAUGACCUAGGUUAUGGUAUAUUCAUGAUGAUCACAAUGAAUUACCACGUGGAAUGCAGGCAGUUGGAAAGUAUUUAUGUGGUAAUUUGAAGAGUUUGGGUAUCUGGUAGUGAAGGGUGGUACUCAAACACAAGGCCAGUGGAAGGCAAACUUAUGUUACUUGCAGGGUCAGGCACAGCUGCGCCUUGCUGCUGUGUUACUGCU